CGGGGGGUGCUGUGUAGAUACGAGGAGCCCCUGGGACGCCCUGCCUGGAUUCUCUUGCUCUGCUGGGGUCUGGCCGCUUGCUGCACAGGUGCCAUGGCCUUGCAGUCGCCCAGCAUCACCGUCCUGCGGGUGCCAGCAGAGCUCCCUCGCCCAGGCGAGAACGUGACUGUAUCGUGCGAGGCGUGGAGUGGGCUUCCAGAGCUGACGCUGCUCUACUGGCUGGAGAACGGCUCCUUCGUGGAGAGCCUGCACCCCGACGGGGCUGUGCGUGAGGGGACAGUGCAAGAGGAGCUGCGGGGCUCGGGGUGGGCCCUGCACCGUGAUCUGUACUUCAGCUCCUUUGACAGCCAGCAUCUGCACACCAACUUCACCUGCGUGGUGCUCAGUCCUCUCGGUGUCGACAUCAGGGAGGUGCGAUGGCCAUCCCCAGCACUGGCCCCAGGCGCUGGGAAGAGUGGGGGCCUGGGCUGAGAUGGGAGAGCAGCUCCCGUGCUGGCUGCUGAGUGAGCUCCCUGCAGUGCAGCUCCCUGCUCUGACAGCCCCACACCACUGCAUACACAUGUGACACCUCCAGGGAGGCCCGUCUCUGUAACCUGCUUUGGGGACUGCAUAGCCCCACGUGUGCUGGCCCCACUCUGAGUGGGGCUACUGGUGCCCCAAGCCAAGUCAGGCCCGCUGCCUGGGCUGGAACCAGCCCUGCCCAUAGCUGGCUCUGGGACCCCAGAGUUCAUUAAAGUACAGCAAGGCUG